CAGCACAUACCAAGGCAAACGAGGCUUCAUGUAUAAAACAAAAAAAGGCGCGCGCUUGCCGUAUUUGGCAUAAUUGUAACACACAUUCAUUUGUCAGAAAACAAUAGCGAAAACAAAACUUUUGAAGUUCUUUAAUGGCAGGGCGACCUCUACAACUCGCGAAAAAGAAAAAAUUCUUUACCGAAUUACCGAAUUUUAAGAUUCUUACACGACCUCAAGACGAUGCACGAUCUGAGGUAACCGUUUACGUCAAAGGCUUUCUUGCAGAGGGCGAUUCGCCCGAUCGAUUUGAAGAUUGGAUGCAUUCGCAUCGUUUAUUAGCACUCAGUCCGAAACAUAAAUGGGGACCAGCGGCACUGGGGUAAGGGUUCUAAUUCCUUAUUGAUAGACCUCGUGUAGCUA